AUGGGAAGUAGUGCCGACGGAAACGAAAACAGCAGCUAUGAUGAUGACAUCAUAAACGUCAGUUUCCCGAAGGAAGUAUUAUCUGAAGUUGGAGAGAAGUAUGUGGAUGAAGAAGUAAAGAAAGCUUUGACUGGUAUUAAGCAGAUGAAAAUUAUGAUGGAAAGAAAUGAAGAUAAGCACAUAGAUCUGAUGAAAACCUUGAAGAAGAGCAGUGAAGAAAAACAGCAAGCCUUGCGACUUAUGGAUGAAGUAAAGGAAAGAUUAGAAGAAGAAGAAAGACAAUGUCAAGUAUCCUUGAAAAAUUUAUGGGAUGAAUGUGAGUCUUGCUUAGAAAGUACCUGCAUGAGAUAUUACACAACUUGCAAACAUGGUUUGCCAACAUUUAGAAGAAAGGUUGAAGAUUUUUUGAGGAAAAUACCUCCACUCAUUUUUACUUUUCAUGAGGAUCAAGGAAAAGACAUCCAGUUUAAUGAAAAGCCUGAGAAAGAGGAUACCCAGCUAGUAAAAAUGGAAGAUUUAUUUAGCCAACUAUUAUCAGACAUGGGCUCAAUAUUUGACAGAAGUUUCAUAUUUUUCAAGCAGAUGCAAAAAGAAUUCGACCAGUCUUUUCAAACAUAUUUCAUGUCUGAUCUGGACUUGAAUGAGUCCCCCAGCAUGCCAGCUUUGCCUGAGGACACCACCAGAAACGACGGCUCACAGAAGGGCUGGGGUAUACCUGGCUUCUUACAGAUAGUUUUUGAUUUCAGUAAGACGGUGUUCGAAGGUGUCAGUGAGGUGAUUACCGAAGUAUUUGAUGAAUACCGAGAUAACAGAAGAGAUGUGCCAGAUCAAGCCAAAGAUCCUGACAGAAGUGGCAUGUUCUCAAAAAUUGUGUCAGGGCGCCAGAGGCCUCUGUGCAGGGAGCUUCGGGAGAACUCCUCUGGAUGCCUGCAGUUUCAUGAGAGAUGUCAGAAAUGCCAAAGCAGUCUUUUGCAUGAUUGCCCAAACGUUCCUGAACUGCACAUCAAGUUUGAUGAAGCCUUUAAGCUGGUUAAUCUCUCGGGGGAGCAGUAUGAACAGAUUCUCCAGGUGGUUCAGCGUCAUACAGAAGACACCUCCUACUUGUUGAACAAAAUGAAAGAAAGGUUUGGGUGGGUGUCUGAGUUAUCCAAUAUGACCAUCGGACCAGAAAACAUUUUCAAUGUAGUUAAGGUGGUACCUGGGGAUCCCUCUGGUAAAAAUGAAACUGUGGUAGACGUGAAUAUUCUGACUUCACCUACUUUCACCAUUAAAGUUCCUCCCAACUUAGACCCCAAGAGUGCAGAAUUCAUUGAAUACAUAGCUGGGAAAGCACUGCAGCUAUAUAAGCAGAAUUUUUAA